AUGGAUAUGGGCUUAAAAGAGACGGAGAUUCUAUUUGCGUUGAAAUUGGCAUCUGGUGAACCGGUCAUUCGCCAGCGAGCAUUUCGAACACUUUCUAAUUGGAUUCGAAAAGAAUCAGCUAAACAAGAAUUCGGCUAUGAUUCCUUGCUUAAUUUGGCUAAAGGGCUACAUUAUGCAAUGUGGAUGCAAGAUAAGAUGUUAUGGCAGGAGCAACUAGCAGAUGAUAUUGCAUCUUUGUUGAAUGUUUUCGAAAGAGAGACUGAAUCUGUUUUAUUUUUCAAGUGUUUACUAAUUACUCUUUCAAAGGAGUGGACGCGAAUUGAUCGUUGGAGAAUGGAUAAAUUUCUUAUGUUGAUGCGUCGAGUUCUUCGUGCUCUUUUUUUGCGCUUACGUUUAAAAGAUUGGGAACCUGCAGUUACGGAUAUGUAUAUUAAUGCUUUUAAGGAUUGUGUCAUCUCAAAUGAUAAGUCGUUUGUGGAUGGAUUAAAAUUUCAUUUUUUAUCGAUUUAUCUGGAUGAAUUGGAUGGUGCUGGUGGCUUGGAACCGGAUCAGGUUACUUACAUGCUAAAGCCGUUCGUUGAAUUGCUUGCUGAUGGUACAUUGUCAGAGUAUCUUUUUGAUUCAAUUCUGGAAGAAAUAUUUUUAACGAUUUUGCAUCAAUUCGCAGAAGAAUUGGCAGAAAACAGUAGAGCAAAAAAAUCGUCAAAGCAAUGUGAUAAUAUUGGAGGAAUCAAAUUCAACUAUAAAAAAAUAAGCAAUUUGCUAUCAAAGGUUGGAAAAAAAAGUACCUUACGAAGUUCUCGCAGAAGGAAAUUGUUCGACGCAGCUAAACGAUUUAGAGCUGCAGCAUCUGGUGAGAAUCCUUUUGUGAUGGUUACUAAAAAACAGACUCGUUUGAGAACGAAGAUAUCAGACGGUAAAAUACAAAAGGCUGUAACUAGACUUUUAAAAGAUGUAGCUCAACAAAAUUUACUGAAGGAAAAAAGAAAACUGGCAGUAAAAAUGAAGUCAGAGAAGUAA